AUGGUGUGUCUACUGUAUACCUGUUCAACUCUCUGUAAUUAUGGAGUUGGAAGGUUCCUUUUGGUUUUUAUCGAUGUUGACAAGAUCCCUUUGAAUGCAAUCUUGGUUACUGCUCUCAUUGACAUGUAUUCUAAGUGCGGGGAUGUGGAGAUAGCUUGGAGAAUCUUUGAUGGUGUUUUUUGUAAGAAGCUGCCUCCUUGGAAUGCCAUCAUUGCUGGAUAUGUGCAGCGUGGACUUUUUGAGGAAGCAAUUGAUUUAUACUGUCUCACAAAAGCAAUGGAGAGGACUGGUGUGCAGCCCAAUGAUGUCACAUUCAUUGGAGUUUUAUCAGCUUGUAACCACUCAGGAUUGGAAGGUGAAAGGAUGAGGAGACAGGUAAAAGAGAAAAUGAUCAAAAGGCCUUUUGGUUGUAGUUGGGUUGAAGUUGAUGGUGCUGUUCACAGAUUUGUAGUUGAAGAUGCAACUCAUAUGAAAUCUAAGGAGAUCUAUGGCGCCUAUGAAAUUCUGGUUAAUCAUUUGAAGGCUGAAGGGUAUGUGCUAAAUUCUAGUUUCUCAUGGAGGGAUUGA